AUGGCAUACAACCGUUCCCCCGCCGACGAUUUCUACAACGCGGUACACAACUUUGUUCCUGUUAACUCAUCAAUGGGUGCACAUUCAUCCGAUACUUCACCAUCCACACCACAAUAUCCACUAUUUACGCCACCAACUUUCGUACAACCUUAUUACCCGACAUACCAAAACGAUCCAAACUUCCACCAAUGGCAACAAUACCAACAAUGGCCACUAUCCCAACGAGCUCGUACGACCCCUCCAAGCCAACCCAUACCCGAGACACUAGAAACUGUACCUGAACCCGUCCCCCAACCCGAAGCACAGCCCCAACAAGAACCCGAAACACAACCCGAAAGUAGUACGAGACGUAAAAAGGGAAAAGCGAAGCAUGUCGAAAAAGAGAAAGUCAUUAGGAAGCCAAAAGUGGCGUGGUCCGGGGAAGAAGAAAAACACCUAGCUCUUUGUUGGCUCGAUGUAUCCGAAGAUCCAAUCGUUGGCAAUUCACAAACCGGUGAUUGUUUUUGGAACAAAGUGUUCGACAUGUACAAUGUCGCGGUUCAAAUCAAGCGUCGACCCGAUCAAAUCACAGGUAAAUGGCGUCUCAUCAAGGAGCAAGUCGGAAAGUUUAACUCUAUUUACAAUAAGUAUGAUAAUAACCGCAAUAGUGGCGAAAAUGAUGCUCAAGUGAUGGAACAAGCUAGGCAACCGUAUACUUUGGAAACGGGUGGGAAGUUUAACAUGUACGAUGAAUGGAACGUGUUAAAAGACAAACCGAAGUUUCUAUCUUUUAUCGGUGUCGAUGGCAUGGUGUUAAAGAAGAAACGGAUGUCCCGCAUGAUCGAGUGUAGUGAUGAAGAACAAGCGCCCGUGAAUCUCGAUGAAGAAGAGCCACUCGACACCGACCUCUUCGGCCUAGAUGCUAUUCCACGCCCCCCCCACAAAGUCGAAAAAGAAAACGUCACGAACAUCAGGAUCCUUGGAUGCGACCUCAUUGCAUCCAACUUGGCGGCGCGUCUCGAACAACUUGGAAGCUUCAAACAAGCGUUAAUUGAAAAAAAAUCGGACGCCCUUGAUUCCAUUCGCGAGGAAGAAAAAAAACGUACCAUGUACGUGGGUUUUUCAUUUGUGGAUCAAUCAAAUACGAAUCCUCGACAACGAAAGUUUAUCGAGAAGGCGAUGGAGAAGGUGUUAGAUGAGUACAAGGGGUUCGUUGAGGUGUCCGAUGAUGAAGACGAAAGAAACGACGGGUAG